AGGAUUGCAAAUCUCUUCCGCCAAACCAGAAUUAGCCGGUAUGUAUCACUGGCACAUGAGAGAGCGUGUAAAUCUGAAAUUGCCCUGGAUGGAUACAGGAUCAUGCAGAAGACGAGCUGUUCUGGGGGCAAAAGGGCAGCGAUCGGCCGCAGCCUCCUACCAAAAAUAAGCCCCAGUCCAGCACUCCCCGGGCCGAGGGGGGGGAACCGGCGGGGCUGGCGCGGGGAGGCUGAGCGGAGCCUGGGCUGAGGAUGAUAGGCAGGACGGCAACAAAGCCAGGGGCUUGGAGGAAAGCAGCAAGUUUCGGCGAGAGCCGGGAAUAAAGCCCUGCGAGCCGAGCGGCAGGGCUGGCUUGGGCCCCGAGCGAAUACUGUGGGGAAAAUGUGCACCACUCAAGAAGAUAUUGGAUAUGAUUUUGAAGAUGAUUCAAAAGAUAAGACGAAGACACUUAAGCCUAAUCCAAACAUUGAUGGCGGAUGGGCUUGGAUGAUUGUGCUUUCUUCCUUCCUUGUACAUAUACUCAUCAUGGGGUCACAAAUGGCCCUUGGAAUACUUAACAUGGAAUGGCUUGAAGAAUUCAGUCAAAGUCGAGGCUUGACUGCAUGGGUUAGCUCCCUUAGCAUGGGUAUUACAUUGAUCGUAGGUCCUUUCAUUGGUUUAUUCAUUAACACAUGUGGGUGCCGCAAGACAGCAAUAAUUGGCGGGAUCUUGAAUACCCUAGGCUGGGUAUUGAGUGCCUAUGCCUCAAAUGUACAUUACCUCUUCAUUACAUUUGGCGUGACUGCUGGUGUUGGGAGUGGCAUGGUUUAUCUUCCUGCAGUGGUCAUGGUAGGACAGUAUUUUCAGAAGAGAAGAGCACUAGCUCAGGGACUUAGUACCACUGGAACAGGGUUUGGAACAUUUCUAAUGACCGUUUUACUGAAGUAUCUGUGUAAGGAAUUUGGAUGGAGGAAUGCAAUGUUCAUCCAGGGUGCUGUGUCUCUGAACCUGUGUGUCUGCGGAGCGCUCAUGAGGCCACUUUCUUCCAAGAAGGAUGCCAAUGAAAAGGGUGUUGAGAGAAACAAUAGUGAAGAUUAUCAUGCAAAAGCUCUGUUCCACUCUGCAAAGCCCAUAAAAUCUAAUGGGGUAUUACAUGAAGAGCAAGAGGAAAAAGAAGGGCCAGCUAAUGACAAAGUGCUUGAUAACGUUCAAGCUAUGGAGUGCAAAGGUAAAAGCAGACGUGGAAAGAAUUUGUAUGCUCUUUGCAUUCUUAAGAGAGUGAGCCAGCUGACUGUUACAAUCAAGAAGGGGUUUGGAACAUGGUAUUCCAGCUACUUUGGGGCUGCAUCACUUUUUACCAAUAGAGUAUUUGUGGCUUUUGUGUUUUGGGCAUUGUUUGCCUAUAGCAGCUUUGUUAUUCCUUUUAUUCAUCUUCCAGAAAUUGUCAAACAGUAUAAUUUAUCCACACAGAAUGAUGUGUUUCCUUUGACCUCGAUUAUAGCCAUAGUUCAUAUAUUUGGUAAGGUGAUCCUUGGAAUUAUCUCUGAUUUACCCUGCAUCAGUACUUGGAAUGUCUUCCUGAUAGCUAACUUCACUCUUGUCAUCUGUAUUCUUAUUCUGCCAUUAAUGCAUACAUAUAUUGGCCUGGCAAUGGUUUGUGCCCUAAUAGGAUUUUCCAGUGGGUAUUUUUCUCUAAUGCCUGUUGUGACUGAAGAUUUAGUGGGGAUAGAGCACCUUGCAAAUGCUUACGGCAUCAUCAUUUGUGCCAAUGGGAUAUCUGCACUGCUAGGACCACCGUUUGCAGGUUGGAUCUAUGACAUCACACAAAAAUAUGAUUUUUCUUUUUACAUAUGCGGUUUGCUUUACAUGGUAGGAAUAAUCAUUUUACUCAUCCAACCUUGUAUUCAAAAGAAACCAUCAAAAGACCAACCCACUGAUAACACAAAAGUAUAGUUCAAUUUAUGGAAUAUUUUGAAAAGUAUGUAUUAGGUUCAUAUCUCUGUUAUAUAGCAGUACAAAAUUGUUAUUCUUAUAAGACCAACUGCAUUGAAGAGUAUCACAGUGAAUAAUGAAUGAGCUGCAAAGUGCUGAUAUUAAAUAAUUAGUGGAAAUAUGCUUGUAAAAGCAAGUUUACUGUCACACUUAUGAUUCUUGGCUUUAGAACUGUCUCUUUAACAGAUACAGAUGUUAAGAGCUUUCCAGAUGCAAUAUCACUAUUUUUAUAUUUGGUCAGUGGUUGAAACAUUAGUUUUGAUUCUUAACUCAUGUACAAAAAUUUUACACUGAUGAAACUAUUGACUGCAAUGCAGUUACUGCUGAUUUACACUGGUGUGAGAGAAGAAUCAGGCCUCACAUGAAUACUUUCCUACUCUAUAUUCCAGCUGAUCAAAAAUUUGUUGUUGAACACAAGAAAAUGGUUACAUUUCUCAACCAGCUACGCACGUGUGUCACUACAAUACUAAUAAUAAUUCAAUGAUACACAUAAUUUAAUAUAUUUAAAAGAAUGUUUCUGUGAUAUAAAAUUGAAAAUUUCUUAUAUUUUUCUGAAAGCACUCUCUAGUCCAAGGAACUCUUUUUGAUGUUUUGAUUGCAGAACAAAUUAUCCAUUCUCAGCUCAUGCGAGAAAUGAUAAAUGAGGUACUUAAAUAUAUUCUGCUACCAAACAGCACUGAAGUAAAACAAAACAAAAACUGGGGAAGGAUGGGGAAUAUUAAUAGAGUUCUGCAGCAGAAAGGAUAGGCAGCAAAACUAGAUGAUUUAUUGCAAGAGUCUAUUAUAAUAGUUAAUACAUUCAGGUAGAGUUUAUGGGCCUCCCAGUUCUGAUCUCAGUGUAGCCAGAGUCAACUUCAGUAGUUAUUCCUGAUUUACACUGGUGCAACUGAGAACAAAAUCUGGCCCUUCCUAUUAUUCUAAUUCUGUUUGCAUUAGUUUUACACCUGUAACUACAUUGGGCCAGACCCAAUAUAUAUUGGCAUAGGUCCAUUGACAUCAGUGGAGUUAUUCCUGAUUUACAUCAGCGUGAGAUCAAAAUCAGGUCCUGUGUGCUUAGAGCAAGGCUUUGGAAGACUGAACUUGGCCCUACUCUGGUUGCAUUUUAUUACCAUACAGAAAGGGCAGGUCUACACUAUAGGGGAAAGUUGAUCUAAGCGCUGCAAUUUGAGUUAUGUUAGUAACGUAACUCAAACCGAGGUAGCUUAGAUCUACUUAUUGCAGGGUCCACACUAGGCUAUGUCGAUGGGAGAUGCUCUUCCGUCAACUCCCCUUACUCUUCUUGUUACGGUGCAGUACCGGAGUGGACAGGAGAGCGAUCUCCGGUCAGUUUAGUGGGUCUUCACUAGACCCGCUAAAUCGACCCCCGGUGGCUCGAUCGCUGCAGCGUCAAUCCACUGGUAAGUGGAGACAAACCCAAAGAAUUUUCCUAUGUGAGAACAACCCAUUUAAUAACUUCCUCUAGCUGAUUUGUUGUAAUGGAUGUCUGAGAUCUGAGACAGCUACCAAUACUCUGUUAUAGCAUGUCCAGUUUCCUAAGCCUAAUACUUUGCAGGUGAAACAUCUUACCAAGGAUUUCUCAGACUGGAGGAUGCUUCCAGAAAAAGUUUGAAGUUCCUGGCUACCUUACUUGUUUACACAGUUUACAAUUGUAAAACAUUUGUAUUGCAAUCCUUCCUCAGUAAUUCAUUGUUUAACCUAAAUAACCAAUUUCUCAGGGAUAGAACUUGAGAACAUUGGGUGAAGCUGGCCAAAAGUAUGUAUUUAGUUUUAGAAACAGUUGCAUGGAAGACAGCAUAUAUUUUAUUGAAAUUUAUUUCAACACAAAAGUUAUUAAAUUACGACUAAUUGUGUUGCAAUGUAAGAGCACAAUAUUCACUAUGUAAAACUGAUCAUAUUUUUUCAGUGCUGUUUUUACUUGCUGUAAAAUUAGCUAUGUAGUGCAAACCAUGGAAAAGAUAAGUGUUUUAACUAUUUAAGUGCAUUGCCUUGUUUUUUUGACAAUAUUAAAUAACAGAGGGACAAUACAGAAUGUUUGUAUGGUGCUACAUUAAUAUUUCCCAUGCUUUGAGAGGCACAACUUGUGAUGUAGUGCCUAUAUUAACUACAAAGUGUCAUUUUAUUUUCUGGGUUUAAGCUUUAUAAAGGUUAUUUUUGUCAUAAAUGAGGUUUCUGCUUUAAUAUUGUUGUAUGCUGCUGGAAUUUAUUGAAAACAAUUUGUGGUAUCCAAAUAAACAGAACAAAUAAGGGGAAGUUAUGAGACCAACAUCAAUUCUUUAAGUGCAGGUUCAAUGUCUUGUUUAGUGGGAAUGCUGCUGAUCGUUUAUUUUAAUCAAAGUGACUUAUUUUGUUGGGUGACUAUAUAUAUGGAAAUGGUGAUCUUCCAUCAAUUUCCUUCUUUUUUUAAAAAAAAGAUAUGUGUCUUUUAUACUUCAAACUUCACUUUUCCAUUUGUCCAAUUGUUUUUAUUUCCACAUGACCGUAAUGAAUUAAAUGUUGUUCUUUUAAGAUAUCUGCAUAUGUCUUUCUAUAGAGCUUCUUUUUCUUUUGGUUUAACUGGAUCAUGUAAUGAGAAUAAACUUUAUAUUAUAAAAUA